AUGGUUUGCAUAUCUGAGGCGCUGUGGAUAACAUCAGCAAUUUAUUCUGCGCUGACGCAGCUGCAGCGGCAGCAGCAGCGGUGCCGGCUGCAUGCGCCGACCCCCCCGCAGCAGCAGCAGCAGCAGCAGCAGCAGCAGCAGCAGUCGACGCCCCCCUUCCUGCUGCCCACCUGGUCCCCCACAAACCCAGUAACUCUUUCUUCAGGGGGGCCCCCCCACAGACUUUUUGCUUGA